AUGGUCAUCAUCGAGGGUAAGAAAUUUGCCUGUGGCGCAUGCAUCAAAGGACAUCGAUCAAGUAGCUGCUCCCACACCGAUCGGACCUUAGUAGAAAUUGGCAAAAAAGGUAGACCACCCACCCAAUGUGCUCAUUGCAGAGAGUUGAGGAAGACCAGUAGAGUACAUUCGAAGUGUAUGUGUGGUGACAGACCCACUCAGAGCACACGUCGACUGAGAGUAUUACCAAAGGGUACAAGCAGCUUACUUGAACAAGAUGAAGCAGAUACCAUCCAACUCGUCAAUCAGAUCCUCAACCCAUGCACAUGCUCGACCGGCGGUAAAUGCUGUUGUGCAGCCCCGGCACACCCAACGAUUGGUACAAGGGCUAAGAAUCCCAGGAAGAAAAGUGGUUGUAGCAAUACCCCGAGCUCAAAAAACAACCAGACGCAGCCGGUCGUUCCAUCAUCCUCAAUAUCAAGUUGCUGUGAGGGUUCAGCUUCCACCGAGCACAUCAACGUCAACAGUCAAAGCGGUCCCAGUCGUUCAUUACCAUUAACAAUCACCACCACAUUCCACCCUUACACGACCAACAAUACGAUGCCUUUACCAUCAAUCUCUUCUGCCUCUUCAAGCUAUCUAAAUGCGGUCUCCGAACCUGCCUGUAACUCCAGUGUCGUUCAAGAUCCCUCGACUUUUGAGCCUUCAUCUUACAGUACUCAACCAGCUUUAUUUGCUCCUCGAACAGCUGGGACUGCCCUUUGCUUUUGUGGCAUUCAUUGUCCCUGUCCAGGUUGUGUUUUACACGAUCCUUUAGGAUUGAAGUUCCGACCGGGUUCAGAUGUACAAUGCCCUACCAGCAUGAGAAACGCGGAGGGAUGUAUCGCUGGACUCGACUUACCCACCGUCAAUGGCCUCUUGAACCUCUCUCCAAUCUCGGAGAGCUUCUCAAAAACGGGAUCAUUCCCCCAAAACGAACCCGGAAUUCUUCCGCAAUCGUUGCCAACAUCGCAAAUGCAAAUACCGGGUGUCAGCGAGACGUUUGGGAUCCCUUCUACCUCAGCAGGGACCUCCUUGUCUUCGCUAGAGCAGAUCACGGAGGAUGGACGAUACCUUCAAAUUUCUCCACCGAUUUCGACUACCGGAUGUUGUGAUAGUCGCCCCGAGAGCUUUGAGACCAACUUUAAUUUGGUUGGCGGUUCUGCUGUCGGUGUUCAACCCGGCGAUGGCUUUCAAAAUCCACCGAAUUCAAAUCCUCUUUUUGGCGGAUGCUGUAACCGGCAAAGCACAACUCAACCCAUCACUAACCCUGGCAACCGGGUCGGCUGUUGCGGCGGAAGCAGCCGCGCUGGACAGCAAGAGACCCGCGACUCCCAGAGAUCGGUUGGUGGAUGUUGUGGAUCGAAUUCGGUCAUCCCUUCUCAACUAGAUCAAGGUCCCAGAAUGACAGGUAGUAUCGGAAGUUGCCGUUCCGCCCAGUCUGUUCCUCCGGACCGCGAGCAGUCGCAAUUUGUCGGUCGGAAUCGAAAUUUCAGCCAGUCGACAGCCUCUACUGAUUUCAGUCAUCUCGCCAGCGAACCUCUCGAUACCCCGUCUCUUUCGUUCAAUCAAGGCAAUCAUCUCCAAGACCAAAUCAUCUAA